UUUUAAAAGCAAAUCCGUGGAUUCCGUGCAUAUGGUACAUUAUAAACUGCCAUUGUUCCUCGCAGUGUUCUGAGUAUGAAAUGUUUUCUUGUUCUUUUUGUUCUUUUCCUGUGUUCCCUGAGGCCUGGAGAUGGAGCUGGAAAGAAAGUUGUUAAAGAAAAAGGUCGAGCUCCUGUUGUUAAUGAAGUGGGUGGAGCCUUAGACACUGGUUUAAUUCAUUCAUUGGAUCUUGAACACUCCAUUGGAUCAGGAGGAGUGUUUAAAGUACGAGGUACUCUAACGUUUAGAUCCAGUUCCUCUUCUCUCUCUCCCUCUCUCUCUCAAGACACUUUAACUGAUGAAGACAGCAGCCUUUUUGAGAAAGCGGCUCUUAGUAAUGAUUAUUAUUAUAUUAGAAUUAAAAAUAAUAUAACUAAUGUUAAUGAAGGUGAAGCUGAUUAUGUGAUGUCAUUAACAAGUGCAUGUGGUUUAUUAAAAAGUUCUUUAAAAGAUAUAAUCACAAUUCAUGGAGAUGGACAAGGUGGUAUUAUUAGCGUCUCUGUUAGCCCAGUUAAUCCAGUUUUAGAAACUGGUUUGACCUGUAAUGAUGUACAAGGGAGAUCAUUCUUCACAACCACAGUUCAAUAUACUGUCAGUAAAACAGGAGCAGUUCCUAACGUCCAGUCGUAUCUUCAAAGAGAAGAAGCUGAGAAAGCCAAGAAAGAUAACGAAGACAAUAGAUCAUUCUUACAGAAAUACUGGCUGCAUCUUGUGAUUGGAUUCGUUGGUCUUCAGUUCUUAAUGUCAAUGGGAGGAGGAGGAGGAGGGGCCAGUUAAUGAAUAUUAAUUAUUUAUUAUAAAAUGAAUAAUAAUAAUCAUUAGUAUCACAAAAAAUAAACACAAUUAUUACUUCUUGCUUAUACAAACAAGCCAUGCUCCUAAA